GGAGCGGCCCGAGCCCCGGCCUCCCGGAUGCUGGGGCCUGGCGGGCGUGGAGCACGGGGAGUCGGGCGUGGGGCGGGCAGGGAGUGGAGUCGGGGUCUUACUCCGGUGGCUGCAGGGCGCAGCGUAGCCGUGUCAGGCCUGCCCAGGUGCAGAGCGCUCCUCCGCGACCCCAACAGCCUCUGGUCUGGUCUGGCGCGCGCUCGCUUUCCCAGAGGGCGACCUGGGCUAUGGCGGCCGUGGCGCUGGCGAGCGGGACACGCCUCGGCCUUGUCCUCGAGCUGCUCCCGGGACAGCCCGCGCUGCCCCGGGCGCGCCGGGAGUCAGUGACCUUCGAGGAUGUGGCCGUCUACUUCUCUGAGAACGAAUGGAUCGGCCUGGGCCCUGCUCAGAGAGCCCUGUACAGGGAUGUGAUGCUGGAGAAUUAUGGGGCUGUGGCUUCCCUGGUGAGAAGAGAGCAAAUUCAUGGUGCUCCACUGAGCCUUCAGUUCCCUGCCCUCUCGGUUUGCAAGAUCCAGCCUAAUUCCAAGCAUCCUCAUGAGGAUGUCUGAACUUGAGAGCUCUAAGAGGGAGAGGACAGCAUUUCCAUUUCCCAAACCGGCUCUGAUUUCCCAGCUGGAGCGAGGGGAAACACCCUGGUGCUCGGUUCCUCGGGGAGCUCUGGAUGGAGAGGCCCCAAGGGGCAUCUCCUCAGGAUAUCCAUUUCUAAAGCCUGCUGGGAUGUCCCAUCCUGAGCAGGUGGAAGAGCCAUUAAACCUGAAACUGCAAGGAGAGGGUCCAAGCCUGAUUUGUCCGGAGGGUGUGUUGAAGAGGAAGAAAGAAGAUUUUAUUCUGAAGGAGGAAAUUAUUGAGGAAGUACAGGACCUCAUGGUCCUAUCAAGUGGACCCCGGUGGUGUGGAUCCCAGAAAUUAUGGUUUGGGAAAACCUGUGAAGAGAAAAGCAGGUUAGGGAGAUGGCCUGGUUACCUCAAUGGGGGACGUAUGGAAAGUUCUACAAAUGAUAUUAUAGAAGUGAUUGUCAAGGAUGAGAUGAUCUCAGUAGAAGAGAGUUCAGGGAAUACUGAUGUCAAUAACCUCCUUGGUAUACAUCACAAAAUUCUAAACGAGCAAAUAUUCUAUAUAUGUGAGGAAUGCGGCAAGUGUUUUGAUCAAAAUGAGGACUUUGAUCAACACCAGAAAACUCAUAAUGGAGAGAAGGUCUAUGGAUGUAAGGAAUGUGGGAAGGCUUUCAGUUUUCGAUCACAUUGCAUCGCACAUCAGAGAAUUCACAGUGGGGUGAAACCCUAUGAAUGUCAAGAAUGUGCUAAGGCCUUUGUUUGGAAGUCAAACCUGAUUCGUCACCAGAGAAUACAUACUGGAGAGAAACCCUUUGAAUGUAAGGAAUGUGGGAAGGGCUUUAGUCAGAACACAAGCCUUACGCAACAUCAACGGAUCCACACUGGUGAGAAACCAUACACAUGUAAAGAAUGUGGGAAAAGCUUUACUCGAAACCCAGCCCUUCUUCGACAUCAGAGAAUGCACACUGGGGAGAAGCCUUACGAAUGUAAGGACUGUGGGAAGGGCUUCAUGUGGAACUCAGAUCUUUCUCAGCACCAGAGGGUCCACACUGGGGACAAGCCUCAUGAAUGUACUGACUGUGGGAAAAGCUUCUUUUGCAAGGCACAUCUUAUUCGACAUCAAAGAAUCCAUACUGGGGAAAGACCCUAUAAAUGUAAUGACUGUGGGAAGGCCUUCAGUCAGAAUUCUGUCUUAAUUAAGCACCAGAGGCGCCAUGCUAGAGACAAACCCUAUAACUGUCAGAUCUCUCACCUUCUUGAACAUUAGAGAGUGCAUAAUGGUGAUACUUGUUUAUAAUUCUUAUGCUGCAGGAACCCUAGAGACAAAAUGAGAUGACCAUUCACAAUUUGCUGUAACCCUUAACUUAAAUAGCCAGUAUUAUCUUGCCCUUUUGAACAUUUACCAUGUACUCUAGCAAGACUGGUCCCUCUGUUCUGUGAUGUUUUAACAAGGCAUCAUUUAGUUGGGCAGCUACUCUGUAUCAGGUGCUAACCACUUUACAUACAUUAAUUUGCAUAACAAUCCUAUUAAGGUAGGUGCUCUUCUCCCCGUUUUACAAAUGAGAAAUCAGAGUUGAAAGAGGUUAUAAAACUCAUUCAGGGUUGCUCAGUUAGUAAGUUAUAGAGUUGAAAUUGGAGCCAGGCCUAUCUGACUGCAGAGUUUACUGUUCUUUACUUAAUUGUACAUAUUUAUGUCUCUGCCCAUUUUUAUUUGCUUAUUUUCCUGUGCUUUUAGUUUCCCUUCAUCACUCAGAUCUAGCUCCUUCAACUAAGACGAUCUCUCUUCCUCAUCUACUUGUAAUCAGUACCACCCAAGUUAGUAUUUAAUUAUGUGCCAUCUUAUAUUUUUCUAAUAGUCUCAUGUCUUUUAGUCUUAACCCCAGCUAAAUGACUCUGAGGACCAACAGUACAUUUCUUUUAUGUUUUUCAAAUCCUGAAACAUUAAUCUUUGACUAGAUAUAACAUGCUCAUGUUAAAAAAGAAUUGAAAUAGUUGAAAAGGGUGUUCAGUGAAAAGUAAAUUUCCUUGUCAUUCCUAUCUCUUGAGUUCUCCCCAGAGGCAAUCACUGCUACUGGUUGUGUAUCUCUGUAGAUACUCUUUGUAUACAAGUGUUUAUUAGUAUUGCUUUUCAUAACUCUGUCUCACUGAAAACCUUAUUUGAUGGAAGCAACAUUGCAGUUAAAUUGUGAACUCUAAGACCUUUUCUUCAGAAGUUGCUUUCCUUUUGAGGCCACCAAAGUAAUUUAGGGAAACAGCAGAGGGUAAUCCAAGUCUUUUUUUAGACAGAGUCUCACUCUGUUGCCCUGGCUGGAGUGCAGUGGUGCUAUCUCAGCUCACUGCAAGCUCCACCUCCUGGGUUCAUGCCAUUCUUCUGCCUCAGCCUCCCAAGUAGCUGGGACUACGGGUGCCCGCCACCAUGCCUGGCUAAUAUUUUGUAUUUUUAGUAGAGAUGGGAUUUCACCAUGUUAGCCAGGCUAGUCUCGAUCUCCUGACCUUGUGAUCCACCUGUCUCGGCCUCCCAAAGUGCUGGGAUUACAGGCCUCAGCUACCACGCCUGGCCAAUCCAGGUCUUAAGAGACCUCAUUGCCUUUGUUUUAUGAGAUAUCAUUCUGGGAUUGGGAAUAUGUAAACUCAACUGGAGAUUAUUUUCAUAAAAAUUUAUAUAGUUCCAGCCCUCUCAUUGCUUCCUAUCCUAAAUCCUCUUCCAGUCUGUCCAUCCCUCACUACCAUGAUAGUCUACAUUCUGAUAAGCUGUGAGGCCACUGCCAAGGGAGGGAGAAAUGGUCACUUUCUGGUGGUGGUUAAUGCUUUGUUAGAUAGCUUCAUCCAGUCAAUAGUUGAAAAGUUUUCACAUAAUCCAGUAUUGGCAUCAGAGCCAGAAAUGCCCUCCCUAGGUCCAGGACCAAAGAUAAAACAAACACGAGGAACAUGUAGCGUCUACACAGGAAAGUAAAGAAUUAUAGAAUUAACUAAUUCUACUUGAAAUCAGGAGUUUAUAAAACAACAUUUUUAGACGUGGUCAUCUUUUAUUGGUUUCCAUCAUCUCUUCCCCUUCUCUCUGGGAACAGUUACCCGGGUAUUCUUUGGGAAGCUAUCCUUUCUCAGCUAUGUGGUUUGGCACCACCACCAUCUUCAUGAGUGGACCCUGUUUGGCUUGUGUCAAUCAGUUUAUCCCAUCCCCUUGGCCACAGAGCCAUUGUGAUAUGAGGAGAUAUUGGCUCUUCUGGAAAAGAGAGGCUUUUCUUCAUCGAGAGCUACAAGAGGAGAUAUUAUCUGUCCUCUGUGUGGCACAUAGGAAAAUGUGAGACCUAGAAUUAUAGCAACUUUUUUUUUUCUGUUAAAAGGGGAGAUUCUCAAGCUUCCAGGUGCUACCAUAUGGAGCCUAAGGAUAAAGCCAAUACCAAAGAAAACAGUGACUAAACAGAGAGAAACUAGGUCCUUGGUGACAUCUUUUGAGCCACUAGACCAAGCUUUACCUGAAGCAGAGCUACCUGAGAACUUUUCAGCUAUGUGAGCCAAUAAACAUCUGUCAAAUGA